AGAAAGAGCUAGAAAAGCUUGCCGAAUUUAGGAAGGCGCAAUUUCUUUCCGGGUUGCGAUUCAGAAAAUAUCCCUCGGUCUCCCCGACCGGUUUCGGUUCGAUGGUUGGGCCCGAGGAUAUUGGUUUAAGUCUAAUUCAUGAUCCGAGUGAAGAAGGACUUCAUUCAAUAUUCAAGAGUCAACUUACUUUCUUUCAGCGACUAAGCCAAGAAUAGGCUUGACUCGAACAUGUGUCAGCGGUCUCAUUGCAUAGCACGCAAGUAUAGUGUUUUCUGUAUUUCUAACCAGUCUGUACAUAACCAGCUGUCCAGCUUAUCAUAGGAAAUAAAUAAUAUCGAAUCAAAACAUACCAAUUAUCGAAUAUCCAGAUGCAGUGAAUUAAUAUCUUAUUUGAUCGCAUCCUUUUUUUCUCACCAUUUUCCUAUGUCUAUAAAUAAUGAAGAAUUUUUUUUUUAACAAUACCCUAACUCCCUAAGUCAAAAAAAUCACUCAACGAGUAAGAAAGAAAGAGAGAGAGGGAGAGUGACCUAAACCCAGCUCCCUCCCAAGGCAAACCCACCCUCUCAAGAAAAACCCCUCAAAUCCCUAAAACAAAGAAAACCCUAAUUUCAUCCCAUCCUCUGUUUUCCCCUUGAUUUCGAAAUCCAAAACCCUAAUUUUCUCCCUCUAUUUUUCAUGCCAUAAAUUCAAUUCAACAAUGUCCCAAAACCCACUUCAACAACCACCCCACCAUUCUCUCUCCUCCGUCAACGCCGCCGUAAAAGGCUGCUACGGCUGCAACUCCGACGACCACUGGAUUCUCCACAACAUCAAAUUCCGAGACGAAGAAUGUCGAAAACUCUGCACUUCGUGUGUAUUAAAGAAUCAUCCGACGUCGUUUUGCCCUCUUUGCUUCAACCUCCAUGACCCCAAAACGCUAAACCCAUCUUUGCCAUCUUCAUCUUCUUCGUCGUCGUCUUCUUCUUCCUUGAAUCGCAUCCUCACAUGCUUGAAAUGCAGUUCUGCCUCUCACAUCGCGUGCAUCGAUGCUAAAACCCCGAAAUCCCCGUAUCUUUGCCCUCCUUGUUCAAACCCAUCUUUCAAAUUCUUUGAUUUGAAGAAACCCAGAAAAAUUCGUGAUCAACCGCCGUCUGACGGUGGUUGUGGCGGCGGAGGAGGUGGUGGUGAGACCCCUCCGACGAAGGUGGUGGAAGAGAUGAAGCAGUAUAUUGAUGAGAGAGCGGCGAGAGUGUUCUUAUUGGCGGCGAAGAUAUCGGCGAUGUCGAUGAGUAGGGCGGCGAGUAUUAUGAGGAGUGAUGCUGAGAGGAAAGCUACUGAUGCUGCAUUAGCUAGGAAAAGAGCAAAAGAAGCAAUUGAUUAUGUCAUGAGUUUAUCUAAUUGGAUUCCCAAUGUUAAACACCAGAAGAGGGAUGUUCUUGUUUCGGGUUCGAAACCGGGUUAUGAGGCUGGUAAGAUGGAAACCAAUGGUGGGGUGCACAAUGUAGGUGGUUCCGGUGGCGCUGGUGGUAGUGGGAAUGGGAAUGGAGUGGUGACCGUGGUGCCGGGGCCGCAGAGUAAUGGUGGGAAUAACAAUCAUUUGAGUGGUAAUGGGAAGGAGACUGCAGUGUAGUUGAGGAAUUUUAGUGUUUGUUUUUGAAAAUUUACAGGUUAAAUUUUGGUGGGGUUGAUGAAGAUGAUCAAUUUGUUUUGUAAAAUUCAGUGAAUUUUAUGUAAAUUGAUGAUCCUCUGGAUUGGUUUCUUGUAUUAUAGUUGGAAAUGGAGGUGAUGAAAUUUGUUUGUAAUUUGAAGAAAAGAAAAUUCAAUCUGUUUUAUGCCAAA